AUGACUGCUCUCAUAAAAAUUGGUCUACAGACAUCAACUUAUGAUCAAAGCUAUAUCAAUUGGCCUGCACUGGAUUACUGCCAUUCACAAGGCAUGGUUCAUAGAGAUGUGAAACCUCAAAAUGAGAUGAUUGAUCAUCAGGUCCAAAAACUACGCUUGAUUGACUGGGGACUCGCAGAGUUUUACCAUCCCGGAAAAGAGUACAAUGCGAGAGUAGCUUCAUGCCUGGGCUGUUUGCUUGCGACGAUGGUGAAAAUUCUGGUGGAUCUGCCUGUUCCUUGUAUUAUAUCGCGAAAGGAGUCAUUCUGUUGCGGCCGUGACAAUUAUGACGAGCUCGUCAGAAUUGUGGAGUUCUUCUGCUGGUACAGCAGAAAGCCACGGUCUCAGUUCAUCACUUCAGAAAACAGGCAUCUAGUUUCCCCAGAGGUCAUGUGA